UCUCCCUCUCUCCACCCAUUCGAGGAAGAAGAAGAAUGGAGAAGCAGAAUACUCCUCCCCGAAUCUCCUUUCACAACUUCACCGUCGGGCCCUGAAAGGAAAAAAAGAGAGAAAAGGAAUAAGCGGACUUCAUGGAUUCUUAAGGAUUGGAGAGUCUGGUGGGUAAUGUGGAGAGCGCUCUGGUUUUGUUUAUUGAAUCACUAUGGCCUCGGAUUCUUCUGCUCAAGGAGUUGCACAGGAUCUGUCAAACUGCGGUAACUUAAAUAUAGACGAAAAGAGAAAGCUUGUCUACGAUAUAUCAGAAUGGCCAGAGGGUGCUACGGAAGUGCUACAGGCAUGGAGUCGUCAGGAGAUAUUACAAAUUUUAUGUGUAGAGAUGGGGAAAGAAAGGAAAUACACUGGCCUGACAAAAGUAAAGAUUAUAGAGCACCUACUAAAGGUUGUUUCUGAAAAUAAAUCAGGAGGAGGUGAGGUUGUAGCUGACCUUAAACCUCAGCCAUCCACUACAUCUGGCCAAAGAAUUACGAAAAGGCAGAGAAAAUUUGAGAAUCCAUCUCGACUACCUGGUCCAGAAACCGGUUCUCCCAUCAAUAGUAGUGGUAGUGAAUUAGCAAAUACUAUAUUCUGCAAAAACUCAGCUUGCAGAGCUACCUUGAAUCGAGAAGAUGCAUUUUGCAAGAGGUGUUCUUGUUGCAUAUGUUAUCAUUAUGAUGAUAACAAGGAUCCUAGCCUAUGGUUGGUUUGCUGCUCGGAUCCUCCAUUCCUGGGUAAAUCCUGUGGCAUGUCGUGCCACCUUGAUUGUGCUUUUAAGCAUAAGCGUUCUGGUAUUGGAAAAGAGGGACGACACAUGGGAAUCGAUGGGAGCUUUUAUUGUGUAUCUUGUGGUAAAGUGAAUGAUUUGCUCGGCUCCUGGCGAAAGCAACUAUUGAUAGCAAAGGAUACCAGACGGGUGGAUAUACUGUGCUAUCGUGUGUCCUUGAGUCAUAAGCUUCUCAAACGAACUGAGAAUUAUCAAAAGCUUCACAAGAUUGUGGAUGAAGCUGUGAAGAAGCUUGAAGCUGAAUUGGGUCUAUUAACUGGCUUACCCAAUAAGAUGGGUCGUGGUAUUGUUAAUAGGCUUUCGUCUGGACCAGAGGUUCAAAGACUUUGUGCAUUUGCUGUGGAGUCCCUGGAUUCAUUACUUUCCAAUUCAACAUUCCAUUCAUUGCACGAUCCCAAAAUACAAGAUUUAGAUUUGAUUGAUCCAGAUGUGAUCAGAUUUGAGGAUAUCCAAGCUACGUCCCUCAACGUAAUUUUGGGUUCUGUAGAUCCUACUGCCAAAAGCUUGGUUGGUUACAGGUUGUGGCAUUGUAAGGCUCAAGAUAUGAAUUAUCCAGCAGAACCAACUUGCCCACUGUUACCACCGAAGACAAAUUUUUUUGUCACAGGACUAAGUCCAGCGACAGAAUACUGCUUUAAAGUCACUUCAUUUGAUGGUUCAAGACAUCUUGGCAUGUGUGAAGUACGGGUCUCCACAAAUACUGGUAGGAAUGAAGUUCCAAACUUUUCAUUGACAGAGCGGAGUCAAAGCCCCGCAACCAACUACAGUGGACUUUCUAAUCCAUCUUCAGUGGAAGAUGAAACUAAUAACGUUACUCCCUUUAGUGAUCAAGAUGAUAACCGGUCAGACGCUUACCGUAAUCAAUUGGAGGACACUGAAAAGUCUACUUCUGCUAAUUUAUCAAAUGGUGUUAUCACCUGCAAUAGCAUCGGGAGAAGACCUACAGAAGCCAGUACAGUUUCUUUGCUGGAUGAGGAACAUGUGGCCUCCAUAUUUAAUUCCAACAUCCUAAAACCUGAGUGCAAGCAAUCACCUGAAUGCCAAAUUAUUGAAGACAUCAGAACUGGUAAUGGGUCCAAUUUCCCCAUUCGAACUGGAAUGGAAUGUGUGCCCUUUGUUAAUAGCUCAGAUACCUGCUUGCCCAUCACUCCAUGCAAAUUGGAAACACUUAAAGAUGGGUUAGGAAGGAACGUAAAAUCCAACUCCAGCAGCAAGGAUUUGAAAAUUGGGGCUGGGAAAGGAGAGGAACCCCAAGAUGGCAGUACAUCAAAGAAGAGAAGGGGGGAUAGGCAAGAUGAGAAGUGUGUGGCAAAUGGUGUUUCAGAUAGGGACUUUGAGUAUUAUGUGAAGGUUAUAAGAUGGUUAGAGUGUGAGGGACACAUCGAACAGUCCUUUAGACAAAAAUUUCUAACUUGGUAUAGCUUGAGAGCAACACCUCAGGAGGUGAGGAUUGUGAAGGUGUUUGUGGAUACUUUUGUUGAAGAUCCAGCAUCUCUUGCAGGGCAACUAAUAGACACCUUUUCAGAAAGCAUUUCAAGCAAGUCAUCUGUUGUGCCCAGUGGGUUCUGCAUGAAACUUUGGCAUUGACCAUAAUCUCAAAGUUAUUAUCGAGUUUUGUGAAGGUUUUAUGGACAUAUGAGCUAAAAUUCAGGGGGAAAUUUAUUUGGUGUUGCUUGAGAGCAAACUACAGGCGGUGAAAAACGUACAACUUGUGGUUACCUUUGCACAAAGCAGGAAGUCUUUUGUCGUGCGGCUCGUGCCUAAGUGGGUUCUGCAUGGAGCUUGGACAUCGACUCUACAAGGUUAUUACUGUACAGUUUUGUGAAGUUUUUUGUAUAAACCUAUUCAGGGUUUAUUCAGAAGUAAGUCUCAAGAGCUCCCAACACCUUUGGCAUAUAGUCUAUCACCAUUUAUCAUAAUCCCCAUUUGCCCAAUCUUAUUCACAAAAUAUCAGAUAUUUCAUUCUUACUCUAAUUUAAUAUCUUCUUCAUUCAUUUAUAUGUUUGUAUUAGUAAAUUCUUUGGGCCUAUUCUGUUCAGACAUAACUUAGCACUGCAUAUUGAUCAUUAUAACCAAUUAAUAAUGGUUUCAUGCUCUAA